UGUGGCCGGCAACAGUUCAGAAGUAGUUGGUUGUUGGGUUCGCUUCUUUAAUCAGAUCCAUCUCCACCGUCCACGAAACCUCCAGAAGCGUGCUCCGUUUAUUUAAUCAUCAUUCGCCUUGCUCUCUCCGUCCUUUGAGCUUCAGGGAUCUCGGCAAAAAUCGAAAUCUUUUUGGGGGUUUUUGAGUUAAUUCGCUGGGGAUUCUGUUUGCGAUCGCGCGGAUUCUGAACGAUGGACGACGACGCUCGAGAUCAGUCAAAUGGUGUUGAUGUUAAGGAUGAUAUUGUUACCGAAAGCAGUGCUUUUGUACGCGAGGAACCCUCUCAAGAUGACAAUGGACCACUUAAGAUUGACGGGGAGAUGGAGAUACUCCAUGAGAAGGUCAAAAAGCAAAUUAUUAAGGAAGGUCAAGGUCAGAAGCCGGCAAUGUCAUCGACAUGCUUUUUGCAUUAUCGGGCAUGGACUCAGAAAACUUCACACAAAUUUGAAGAUACUUGGCAAGAACAACGGCCAUUUGAACUGGUAUUGGGCAAAGAAAAGAAAGAAAUGGCGGGUCUGGGCAUUGGUGUUGCCAGCAUGAAGAGUGGGGAGCGUGCAUUAUUCCAUGUGGGUUGGGAGCUAGGUUAUGGUGAAGAAGGGAGCUUUUCCUUCCCAAAUGUCCCCCCUAUGGCUGAUCUCAUAUACGAAGUUGAGCUCAUUGGUUUUGAUGAUAUCAAAGAUGGAAAGGCUAGAAGCGAUAUGACAGUGGAGGAAAGGAUAGAAGCAGCUGAUAGAAGGAAGGUUGAAGGAAAUAAUUAUUUCAAGGAAGAAAAGCUAGAGGAUGCUAUGCAACAGUAUGAAAUGGCGAUAGCAUAUAUGGGAGACGACUUUAUGUUCCAGUUGUUUGGAAAAUACAGGGAUAUGGCUUUGGCUGUGAAAAACCCUUGCCAUCUAAACAUUGCUGCAUGCUUAAUUAAGCUAAAACGAUAUGAAGAAGCCAUCGGUCAAUGUACUGUGGUUCUGUCCGAAGAUGAAAAUAAUGUGAAAGCACUAUUCAGACGUGGGAAGGCGAGAGCAGAACUUGGGCAGACAGAUUCUGCUCGGGAGGACUUUGAAAAGGCCAGAAAACAUGCUCCACAGGACAAAGCUAUUGUAAAGGAGCUAAGACUACUUGCUGAACAUGAUAAAGCUGUUUAUCAGAAGCAGAAAGAGUUGUAUAAAGGUAUUUUUGGACCUAGGCCUGAGGCAAAACCGCAAUCUGAUCAAAAAAAUCGGCUUAUUAUCUUCUGGCAUUGGCUGGUUUCUCUGUUUUGUCGCCUGUUCAAGCUCCAAAGGCAUAAAGAAGACUAAACUGAUAGUGUUCGGUGGGAACUUUGGUGUUAAUUGGCCGGCUACAAGAGCAUCAGAUUUGUUAUUUCUUUCUGGCUCUAGGAGGAUGUCGAGUUUGAUGCAUGUAUCAAUAUUAGAAACAGUGUUGAAAGCCUAUAAGAACUCGAUCGGUAAAAUUAUCUAUAACUGACAAGAUUUUAAUUCAGUCCUGCAUUUCUCACUGCAAUAUUUGUGACUGAUCAGAGAUGACAUUAUGCUAGUUCCUUUUUGAUUGGAUAUUUCAUCCUGGCCUCUAAAAUUUUGUUGGUGAACU